CCCUGUUUUUACAGAAAACAAAAGAUUUUGAAAUGCUUGGAAAAAUUGGGUGACUGCUCGAGACUUUGAAUGCCUCUGCUAUAACGGAUUUCCUCUUCAGUCUCUCUCUCUCUCUCUCUCUCUCUACCUAGAUACAUCUGUAUGGAGGGAUGAGAAAAUUAGAGAAAGACUGAAUCCUUUCGAAGUUCGAGAAUUUGGGGAUUUUUGUGUUCAGGAACAGUUCCCUGGAGUCAAACUGUUUGGUAUGAAAAGCUUGUUAUACUUUCUGAGGUUGGAUGGUUGUUUGAUGAAUGUCUCUUUAGAAGCGUGUUGAACGCGACAUCUGAUUUUAGAUUCAGCUGUUUUUGGGAACAUUAAGGAUCUUGGGAGGUCGAGAUUUUAAUGCACGUGAAGUUUUGAUCCGUAAUUCUGAUUAAAGUAUUUGUGGUGUGUUAUGGAUUCGAUCAAUGAUGAUAAUAUUGGGGGGACUCUGAUACGACCCUGCAACUGUUACAAAGACUCGAGCUUAAAUGAAACAAUCCUGAAUUCGAAUGAAAUAGCGAAUUUUAAGGAUCGGUAUGUUCUUGGAGAUCAACUGGGAUGGGGGAAAUUUGGCAUAAUAAGGGCUUGCACGGAUAAGUCAACAGGUGAAGUUUUGGCUUGCAAAUCUAUUUCAAAAGAGAGAUUGGUCACACAAGAUGAUGUUGGUAGUGUGAAGCUUGAGAUAGAAAUCAUGACUAAGUUAUCGGGGCAUAAAAAUGUUGUGGAUCUAAAGGCAGUAUACGAGGAGGAGGAUUAUGUGCACCUUCUGAUGGAGCUUUGUGCUGGUGGAGAGCUUUUUCAUCGAAUUGAGAAGCUAGGGAGAUUUUCCGAGCAUAAGGCACGGGUUAUUUUUCGACAAUUAAUGGAAGUGGUCAUGUAUUGUCAUGAUAAAGGUAUUAUUCACAGAGAUUUGAAACCAGAAAAUAUCCUCUUAGUCUCAAAGUCUUCCACCUCUCCUAUCAAAUUGGCAGAUUUUGGUCUUGCAACAUACAUCAAAUCUGGACAGGCAUUGCACGGUACUGUGGGAAGUCCAUUUUAUAUAGCUCCUGAGGUAUUGGCAGGAGAUUAUAACCAGGCAGCCGAUGUUUGGAGUGCCGGAGUUAUUCUUUACAUUCUACUUAGUGGAAUGCCUCCCUUUUGGGGGAAAACCAAAUCAAAGAUCUUUGAUGCUGUUCGGGCUGCAGAUCUGCAUUUCCCUUCUGAUCCUUGGGAUCACAUUUCAGCGUCUGCCAAGGACUUGAUCUCUCUAAUGUUGCGUGUUGAUCCUUCGAAAAGGGUAACUGCUGAACAAGUUCUCGCUCACUCCUGGACGAAGGAUUAUACGGAGGAAACUGAAGAACCUUAUGUACAAGAUAAUCCUAAUUAUCCCCUGAUAGAAUUAGGUGGAUAUUCCUUUUCCACCCCAUACAUCGAUAGAACUCAGGAUUGCAGUCUCAAUGAUGGAUCACCUGCAAGUGUCGAUGGCAAAGAAGAUUCUCCCGUCUUCACAUGCAGGACAUCAUUCUCUUCUCCACUUAUUGGCCAGGGUACUCCUGCCUCAAUGUCAGGAGGCUUUUCUUUUGGUAGCUACCGUGACUCUAGUGAACCCAAAUUCUCAUCCCCAAUACGCUCAAUGCCCAGCUUUACCUUUUUUAGUCCUAGCCAGGCACUAGAACAAAGCAACGAGUCUGUAAGUUACAAGGCCAAGUGUUCAUUGAUUGAUGUAGAUUCAAGUAUUGGACAGCUAUUCAUAUUGCCAGAUCCUGCAGAGCGAAUUCAGUACAAGUCAUGCGAAGUCGAGCCCCAAACCAAAUUUCACCGGACAGUCGGAACUUGUGGUUCAAAGAGUUCAAGCAUGCAGAACAAGAGGAAUAACACUAUUAGUCUUGGUGAGCUUCAUCAACUUGAUCUUAUAGCGAGCGAGUCAGUGAUCCGGUGGGCAUCGUGCACACAAAUUCCGAGCGCCACAUCCUUGAUAUCCUCGCUCGUCUGCUAGAAAAAAUAAAUUCGGAAACCCUUUUUUGGGCUAGAUGGAAUGAACUUGUAUUUAUUAAUGGAUCAGAUCACCAGAUUCUCUUAGUCGCUGUGGGUCGUUAUGGCUGCAUCAUUGUUUGAUUGUUGUGACGUAAACAGUGCAGAAUAUGAUGCUCUUUCCUAUUUCACACCUAAGGGGAAGUUCAUGUAAUGCAUUAUCCCUGGGAAUUUAACAUAGAAAAUUUUCAACAUUAUUUAUUUUCAUUCAUUAUUUUUCAUUUUUGUAUAAGCUUGCUUUAUGCAAAUCUCUUAAUGACCAUUCUUGAUA